UAAUUCUCAACCAUCAAGGAAUUUAAACAAUUAACAAUGAAACAGUUAAUCAAUUUAUCAAUCCCAAUAUGACAUUGAACAAAUAAUAUAAAUUAGGCUAAUUGAUCAAUCUAAUUUGGUUAUUAUUAAUAAUUAUCAUUAUAAACAUUACAUGUAAAUUGUAUUAUUAUUAAUAGAAUCAAAGAAAGUUGUUUUUUAUGAUUAAAAUGGGAAAACUAAUUGUUACCUGUGUAUUAAUUACCAUGAUUGUUUCAUGUUUAGCUGAUCCUGAGCGACCAGGUAAAUAUCUUAAUCAUGAUCGAACGGUGAUUAAUUGUGCUAAAUACAAGCGAGAAGCUAAUCAACACCAAUGUGUCCUUUCACCAAUCAAUGUCGAGGGUCCAUUUUACCUUCCCGAUGACCACGAGCGAUCUGAUAUAACCGAUGGUCAACCAGGUAUUCCCUUGGAAUUAACAAUUAACCUGGUCAAUUCAAAUGAUUGUAAUCCAAUGGGAAACAUGUACGUUCAUAUUUGGAGUGCAAAUGCCGUAGGUAAAUAUUCAGGUGUCGAAAAUUUUGGACCAUCAGAAGAGUUUGAUAAAGGUCAAGGUGGACAACAUCCCGAACCAGGUAAAGGUAAACCAGGACCUGGUUUACCUGGAAGACCAGAUCCAGUAACCGAUGAGCGAUUCCUCCGAGGUUACCAAGUGACCGAUUCCAAUGGUCAAGUCAACUUUAAGACCAUAAUUCCCGGCUGGUAUUUUCCACGUUGUCUCCAUAUUCAUAUUGAAGUUUAUCCCAAAAAUACAACUGAAAAAGCGGACAUUUUAUUUGUCGGUCAAAUUUACUUCAAAACCGAACUGGCCAAUGAGCUUAAACUGAUUGACCCUUACUCGGCCAACACCAACCCGAUAACCCUCAAUGAAAACGAUGAUCUUUUCACGGAAAGACACGGAAAUGAGACACUUCUUAAUCUAAUUAACCAUGGAAACAACUUCUCCACAACCAUCACCUUUGGUAUUAACCCUGAGGCUAAAAUUGAGAUUGAAGUUUAAUCCUUUACCUUUUUUCAAACAAUUAAAUUGUUUAUUUUUAACAUUAUUAAAAAACUUUUCGUGCAAUAAAA